GAGAAAAAAAGGAGAGACAUUAUUGAGAGAGAGAGAAAAAGACAAAGAAAGAGAAAGAUGAGGGGCAAUCAGGUGCGGUUGAAUAGUGGGAUAACAAUGCCUGUCAUUGGAUUAGGCACUUUUUCCUUCCAAAAUGAUAGGGAGACAACAGAAUCAGCCAUCCAUAUGGCCAUCAAGAUGGGGUACAGGCAUUUUGACACGGCAAAGAUUUAUGGUUCAGAACCAGCUGUGGGAAACGCCUUGACAGAAGCAAUUCUAAAUGGGACAGUAAAGAGAGAAGACAUAUAUGUCACAUCGAAGCUGUGGGGAAGUGACCACCAUGACCCUGUUGCAGGACUCAAAAAAACUCUAAAGAACUUGGAUAUGGAGUAUGUGGAUAUGUAUCUGGUGCACUGGCCAGUGAAGUUGAAGCCAUGGUCUCGCUAUGCAAUUCCUAGUGAAGAUGAAUUUGAAAAGCUAGACCUUGAGAACACCUGGGCUGGAAUGGAAAAGUGCCUUGAAAUGGGAAUGUGUAGGUGUAUUGGGGUCAGCAAUUUCUCUAGCAAGAAGAUUGAGUCGCUUUUGGAUUAUGCCUCUGUAACACCGGCUGUCAAUCAGGUGGAAAUGCAUCCGAUGUGGAGGCAGGCAAAACUCCGAGAGGUCUGUGGGGACCACAAAAUCCACGUAAGUGCUUAUUCACCUCUCGGUGGGCCGGGCAAUUCAUGGGGAUCAACGGCCGUGGUGGAUAACCCAGUCAUCCAAUCCAUCGCUCUUGAACGCAAAGCAACACCAGCUCAGGUGGCUCUAAAAUGGGGAUUAUCAAAGGGAGUAAGCGUAAUAGUGAAAAGCUUUAAUGAAGAUAGGUUGAAGGAGAACAUCGGGGCCCUUGAAUUGAAAUUGGACGAUGAAGAUUGCCUCCAGAUUGACAAACUGGAGGAAAGGAAGAUCAUGAGGGGAGAGUUUCUGGUCAAUCAAACUACAAGCCCAUACAAGUCAAUUCAAGAACUUUGGGACGAUGAGAUUUAAAAUGUAUUUUAUAAUGUCGUAAUUUGUAAAACUCUCAAUUUCCCGUGAUUUACUUGCAAAUCCAUGUAGUAUCUGUCUCUGCUUUAUCUUCUUUCUAUUACUUGUAUUGCCUGUCAAAUCAGAAUGCUGAAACCAAUUGUGUAUAUGAAAUUAAAAUGUACCUGUCAUAUCAUAAUGCUGAAACCAAUUGUUUAUAUGAAAUUAAAAUGUACGGCUCUCAGAUCAAAAUCAAGUUAAUUUGCGGGUUUCAGCGAAAAAAAAAAGCAAGUUAAUUAGCGGGAAGAAAUUCUUCAAGCAUCAAAUAGCAUAUGAUAAAUGGGGUUUAAAUCUAUAAAGAAUCCCAAUCAAGGACAUGCAUUAUCUCACAAGACCUAGAGUUUAAAGGUACUUUAUCUAUUCAAAAUCAAAACAAAAAUAAAAAUGCAUCCCAAUACACGUAUUUGUGUGAGAAUUUGC